AUGGAGGAUGACAGUGAACAAGAGCAGAGUUGCUGGGCCUAUUUGCCUGACGUCUGCCUGAGCAACAUGUUCUGGUGGCUAGAUGACAGAGACAGAUCUCGGGCUGCUUUAGUCUGUAAAAAAUGGAAUCAAGCCAUGUACUCAGGCUCUCUCUGGAGAACCAGAACAAUCACCUUCAGUGGGCGGCCAUCCAGGUCAAACACAUCCGAGUUUGAAUCUGCUCUGUGGUACGUCAAGAGAUUUGGCAAGUAUUUGGAACAUCUAGAAAUCAAGUUUCUGAAUCCUUACAAUGCUGUGUUGACCCGAAAAUUUCAAGUGACUAUGAGGGGGCUUCUCUCGCGCUUGGGCAAAUGUAACAGCUGUCUGGUAUCCCUGACUAUUCAGCAUCUGGAGUUGGACCGACUGGUCUGGAAAAAUGGGAUCAGGACUCAGUUUAUCAAGAACAUAAGUACUUUCCUGAAAAGAAUGAGCAAGCACCUUGAUUAUCUCAAUCUGAAAGGGGCAAGAGUGAUGCUGGAAGAAGGCUGUGAGAUUUUGAGCUCUUUGAGUUACUUGAAAAACAAAAGUUUUGCCUCUGAAAUCAACAUAGAAGACUUCUUCAGCCACCAUCUUUCCAUCUACAGCAGCCCCUUGUUCCACCAGACUAUGUCCACAUUCCGCAACCUGGUCAUCCUGACUCUCAAUUACAACUGCAUCUCGGAUGAAUUGCUGGACAUCCUGUGCGAGAACAACGCCCAUUCUCUCUGGACUAUAAACAUCAAGUGCCACACCCAUGACCCUCAUGGGCAGGUGGUUUGGGGAAUGUCCUGGGCCAACCUAGCCAAGAGAGCACCCAAACUGAAAGUGAACUUCUUCUUUGAAAGAGUCAUGAAGCACAACAGUCUAGCCAGAAUACUCUUAGCAGAGAUCCCACUCAGAAGCAUCAGUCUACGGAGCUGCUAUUUCAGUGACCCGGAUUGGUCGAUGAGGCCAACCCUCACCACUCUCUUACCAGCCUACAAGCACAGUCUGCAGAAAUUAACACUAGAGUUCAACAAUGACCAUGAAUUGCUGGAUGAGGAGCUGCUGCAGCUCGUGUUACUGUGCGAGAGGCUGUUCUUCCUCAAAGUCUGGGCCUUCCUCAGUGUGGCAUUUGUGGAGAGGCUGCUGCAAUAUCGGGCAGAAGGGAAAUGUGUCUUGUGUACCAUGAAGGUGAGGAUUUACACAACCAGGCAUGAGACCAGCGAAGAGGACCGACUGCUGCGAGACAUUUACAAGAAGUUCAGAAACCUGAUCGACUCAGAGCUUAAUUAUUUUGUCAUCGCCUACCCAAUGGUGUGA